GGCGCUAUCUACGACUCGUACGAGCGUCAGCCUCACUCAAAGUGCCUGCCAAACACCCGUGUAAACGUCCUGAAUGACAUCAAGGCCCUCGUCCACGACGGAUCCCGCAAGAUGAUAUGGGUCUCCGGCGAGUCCGGAUCCGGAAAGUCCACCAUCUUGCACACGCUGGCGGAUGACUUGCGCCAGGAGGGCACUCUCGCUGGCACGUUUUUCUUUUCCAGAAAGCACGCGAAACGGAGUACGUUUGAGCGUGUCAUCCUCACGUUUGCGUAUCAGCUCGGUUUACAGCAUCAUGUCGCCCAAGAAGCCAUCACGAAAGCUAUCCACGAUGACCCUGCUCUCCUCUCCUCUGAGAAGUCGCGUCGUGAUCAGCUAGAAAAGCUCGUCAUCGAGCCCCUGAAGCACUUGGGGCAC